AUUUUUCCGUAUUAAUCACUCUGUAUAAGUUUAUGAUGAUGGUCGGAGGGUGAGACAUGUCUUAUCAUAACUUGUCUUGCGCUGUUGAGUGUUCUUUGCCAAUAUAUCCAUGACAACGACAUCAAAUUGCCUGUUGCUUGAUUUUGUAGAUAGGCAUUUGAUCAAUAAUCAUACUUCCAUCAAUCCAUCAAUAGAAAUUUAAAUUCAUCGCUCUCAUAAUAAAUUAAGUGUUUGUAUCAAUUUUUAGGUUUUCACAUACUUAAGUAAAUUUUACUCCAGAGUUGGAGAACAACUGUAAAAUUGAAGAAGCGCCGAAAUUGAAUAAUAUGACUGAACAAAAUCAUGCACAACAUCAAAGUAGCAGCUCUAUCGCUUCAUAUUCUUUGUUAUAUACAAUAUCCCAGAUAAUUGGAAUAACACUUAUAAUAUUUGUGUUUUACUGGAUCUUUGAGUUUCGAGGUGGAUUUGGUUUUAGUGAACCUAAAAUUAUAUUCAACUGGCACCCACUGUUUAUGACCAUUGGUUUUAUUUAUUUAUUUGCAAAUUCGAUACUUCAUUAUCGUACAUUCCGUAAUCAAAGAAAAAGUGAUUUGAAAAAUCAACAUGCAAUUAUUCAUGGAUGUGUAUUAAUUUUUGUGUUACUUGCUGGAUGGGCUUCUUUUGCUUCACAUAUUUAUAGUAUUCCUUCUAUUCCAAAUUUAUAUAGCUUACACAGCUGGUUAGGUGUAUUAACUAUUUCAAUGUUCUUGUCCCAGUUUAUUAGUGGAUUUGUAUCAUUUUUGUAUCCUGGAGUAGCUGUUCAAUAUAAAGAAGCUAUUAUGCCUUAUCAUUUUUUCUUUGGAGUUCUCACUUUUGUUUUAGCCAUUGCUACAUCAGUACUUGGAUUUGGUGAAAAAUUAAUUUUUUCUUUGGAUAAAGAAUAUAAAAAUUUUCCAAAUGAAGGAUUGUUUGGUAAUUUCAUAGGUGUACUGUGUUGUGUAUAUUGUGGAUUAAUUGUGUAUAUGGUCACUAAACCAGAAUAUAAGAGACUGCCUAAACCUGAAGAUAGUGUGCUACUUACUGGAAAUUUAGAUUAAAUUUAAUUAAAAUUAACUAUUA